AUGGCAAGCGCUCAAGUACUCAGACCAGGCCCGGUCGGUCAGCCAGACAUCGACUACGCUCCCAAUCUCGACAAAUACCUCGCUCGGGUUCAACAGAGACAGCAGAGCGAGGAUCUCGAGAAGUCCUUACCGGAUGGCUUUCCCUCUCGACUACACUCGGAUUUGGUAUGGACCGGCGAGGAUAUUGCUGAGAAAUACGACUGGACGUACGUGCUCAACGAUGCCGAGCUGCAGGAGAUCGAGGCGGCUUUGAAGCACUUCAAAUGUUUGCCACCAUCGCUCGUACAGCCCCUGCGAUAUGCUAAUCCACCGACGCAGCUCUGAACAAGCCUGUAUCUUAUAUUGACCAGGAGACUUUUCCGCUCCCUAAUCUCCAUGCUGCCCUACGCGGCAUCUCGCAUCAAGUCCACAACGGUCGAGGCUUCAAAGUUCUGCGAGGUCUUCCGGUCGACAAGCACAACCGUGAAGAGAACGUCAUGAUCUACGUUGGUGUCUCAGCACACAUCGCCUCGAUUCGUGGCCGACAAGACCACCAAUUCGAAGGCAAACCAGCAGAUGUAAUACUCAACCACAUCAAGGACAUGACCAAGACCGUCGAGGCGAGCAAGAUUGGAGCGCCGGCGUAUACGACAGAUAAGCAGGUCUUCCAUACUGAUGCUGGCGAUCUAAUUGCUCUCUUCUGUCUGGAAACGGCAGCCGAGGGUGGUCAAAGCAAGCUUUCUAGCUCAUGGGCCGUCUACAACGAGUUGGCGAGGUCCAGACCCGACUUGAUUCGCACUCUUGCAGAGCCAUGGGCAUCAGAGAAGUACGUGACGGUGAGAGAGCAAAGACUCGCGCAAUACUUACGUUGAUGUCUAGCUUCGGUGGUCAGGGCCCGCAGUACUCUCUGCGUCCACUCCUGCAUUACGCUCCCGAAACGUCCACUGCUCCAGAACGCAUGAUUAUCCAAUACGCUCGACGCACAUUCACAGGCUACUGGGGUCUCCCUCGCUCUUCCAACAUUCCGCCCAUCACCGAAGCGCAAGCCGAAGCUCUGGAUGCCUUACAUUUCCUUGCCGAGAAGAAUGCAGUAUCCCUCGACUUUCGAAAAGGCGAUAUUCAAUUUGUCAACAACUUGAGUAUUUUUCACGCGAGGGACGCGUUUACGGAUACACCCGAGCAACAGUAUGAGCAGAACCCAUUCUCGAUUUUCCAUCUUGUGAUGAAUACUGAUUUGCGGAACAGACGACAUCUGAUCCGGCUUUGGCUUCGAGAUCCUGAGAAUGCUUGGAAAACACCAGCUGCUCUGGAGGCAAGAUGGGAUCAUGUCUAUUCUGGUGUUGAGCCUGAAAAGUCCGUAUUUCCACUUGAGCCGCGCAUCAGAAGCUCGAGCGCCGGCAAAUAG